CGUACCUCCGGCCUCCGGGUGUAUCUAGACCAAGUCAUUGUCGUAUGUGGUUUGCUCAACGACUUCCGUUGAAAUGUUUCCAUCUAUAUUUAAAUCGCUUGUUUAUUAUUCAUAUAGUCUAACUUUAAUGACACUCUUUACUCAUUUUUACUAUCCAUUUGAGAAAAUAAUAUAGUUUCAUCACGUUUUAUUUUAUAAAACUUUUGAUAAAAUUUUAUAAAACAUAAAUUUUAUUUUUAAUUUCAUACAAAUUUUUAAAUAUAUUGAAUUGAAAAUUGUCUCUAAGAUCACAUAAACAAUCACGACCGAUUUAAAUUAAAACAGAGACACCAAUAUAAAUUAGUGGAUAUAGUGAGAUGAGAGGGAAACCUAGCAAUAAUCAUAAGAAAAAUAAAGAAGAAAAGGACUCGUUAUUCUCAUAUUUUGUUCUCAGAUUAGAUCUACGUGAUUACUAAUAUGAUGGAUCCAGUGAUGGAAAGGCAUGAAGCUCUGCUGCCAGUGAUGCAAAAAAUAGCCUACUUAAAAAGAGAUAGCAUUCCCUGCAAAAUUGAAGAGGGUCUUUACUUGGGAUCUGUUGGAGCUGCUAUGAAUAGGAGCACAUUGAAAAGUUUGAAUAUUACACAUGUCUUGAUGGUUGCCAAUUCACUCUCCCCCCCAUUUCCAAGUGAUUUUGUGUAUAAGGUUAUUGGCGGUAUGACUUUCUCACUUUAUUUCAUGUCUUUUUCCACAUUUAGCUCUUUUGGUUUCUACUACUGGACUUGCAGCCAUCAGAAGUGGAUUACAGCUUCUUGUCACUGAAAUUAAAACACAACCAGUGUGAAAACUUUCUAUGUCCCAAAAUGACCUUCCUUUUUUUUGCGCUAAAUUAUAAAUGUAUACAGUAUCAGAUAGAGCAGAUGUAGACAUAUCACAAAAUUUUGAAGAGUGUUUUCAAUUCAUUGACGAAGCUAAGAGAAGUGGCAGUGUCUUGGUUCAUUGCUUUAUGGGCAGGUCCCGAAGUGUGACUAUAGUAUUGGCUUACCUUAUGAAAAAGAACGGUAUAAGCUUAGCUCAAGCUCUGGAACAUGUGAGAAGUCAAAGGCGAGGAGUUGAACCUAAUGCUGGUUUUUUCUCACAGCUGAAGAACUUAGAGAAAACACUUAUAGUUGGACAAAUGGAGUAAUAGUUUGGAAAUUUGUUUUAAGGGUUCUAAUUUGAAAUUCACAGUCAAAAUAUAGAUUUUUGGUGUAUAAGGUGAUUAACUAGAUCACUUCACUAGGGUUGUAAAUAAAAAAAAAUAUUGACAUGUGAUUCAGAAGGCAAUGCAUCAGAGCAUUCGACGAAUGUUAUUUACAACAAAGUUUUUCAAAGUCU